UUUUCCUUUUAUCGUUUUUUUUUCAUUCAUUCAUUCAUUCAUUCAUUCUGUCAUCGACGUGUUAAAAUCAUUUGAAAAAUUCUUUCCAAAUCCUCAUCAUCAUAAUGAAAAUAUCUGUACGUGUUAAAGGUGAUUGGUUUACAGUACCAGUACCAAAACCAACCGAAUUAACAAUAAAAUAUUUAGGUAAUGAAGCAUUGAAUAAAUAUAUAAAAUUACGACAAACACAAUCAGCAACAUCAAUUAAAAAAAAUGAUUCAUCAAUUGAAAUUGUUGAAGAAAUACGUAAAGCAAAAGGUGGUUCAAUAUUAGAUCCAGAAGAUUUUGUUGCCGAUGUUUUAGAUGAUAAUGAUUUUGUUUGUAUUGUUCUUGAAAGUGAUAAAAAAACAAUGGUUACUGGUAAUCUUGAAGUACAUUAUAUACCGGAAAAAGCAAGUUCAGAAAUGCAAAUCAAACAAAAAACAUUUGAAUAUAUUAAUUUAAAUGGUAAUCAAUUAUCAACCGAUGAUUUACUUAAUCUUGGACAAGGUUAUUAUAAAAUUAAGCUUGCACCAGAUUCACAAGAAAAAAUUAAAGCCUGUCGUGAUAUGUUAGAACGAAUAUUACGUGAAAAUAAAGUUGUUUAUGGUGUUAAUACUGGUUUUGGAAAAUUUGCAACAACAUUGAUUAGUGGUGAAAAUUUAAUUGAAUUACAAUAUAAUUUAAUACGUAGCCAUUCGGCUGGUGUUGGUAAUCCAUUAUCACCAUUUCGUACAAGAAUGUUAUUAGCAUUACGUAUAAAUAUAUUGGCAAAAGGUUAUUCAGGAAUAUCAUUAGAAACAUUACAACAAUUAAUCGAUGCAUUUAAUGAAUCAUGUUUAUCAUGGGUACCAGAAAAAGGUACUGUUGGUGCAUCAGGUGAUUUAGCACCAUUAGCACAUUUAGCAUUAGGAUUGAUUGGUGAAGGUAAAAUGUGGUCACCUGAAAGUGGUUGGUCUGAUGCAAAAUAUGUACUUGAAUCACAUAAUCUUAAACCACUGAAUUUAAAACCAAAAGAAGCAUUAGCAUUAAUAAAUGGUACACAAUUAAUAACAUCAUUAGGUGCUGAAGCUGUUGAACAAUCAUCAUUUUUAAUACGACAAGCUGAUAUUGUUGCUGGUAUGACAUUAGAAGUAUUAAAAGGUACAACACGUGCAUUUGAUCCGGAUAUACAAAAAAUUCGUCCACAUCCAGGACAAGCUGCUGUUGCAAAAAGAAUUCGUUCAAUAUUAAAUUCAGCAAUAUUUCCAUCACAGAUUGCUGAAUCACAUAGAUUUUGUAAUAGAGUACAAGAUGCAUAUACAUUAAGAUGUUGUCCACAAGUACAUGGUGUUGUUUAUGAUACAAUUGAUUUUGUACGUAAAAUUAUAACAACUGAAAUGAAUUCAGCAACCGAUAAUCCAUUGGUAUUUGUUGAACGAUCAGAAAUUAUUUCAUCGGGUAAUUUUCAUGGUGAAUAUCCAGCAAAAGCAUUGGAUUAUUUAGCAAUUGCUGUACAUGAAUUAGGUAGUAUGAGUGAAAGACGUAUUGAACGUUUAGUUAAUCCAGCACAAUCUGGUUUACCGGCAUUUCUUGUUAAAAAUGGUGGUCUUAAUUCUGGUUUUAUGAUUGCUCAUUGUACAGCAGCAGCACUUGUUUCCGAAAACAAAGUACUUUGUCAUCCAGCAUCAGUUGAUUCAUUAUCAACAUCAGCCGGACAAGAAGAUCAUGUAUCAAUGGGUGGAUUUUCAGCCAGAAAAGUAUUACAAGUAAUUGAAAAUGUUCAACGUAUUAUUGCUAUUGAACUAUUGGCUGCAUGUCAAGCAAUAGAAUUUUUACGACCAUUACGUACAACAAAACCAUUAGAAGCUGUUUAUCAAAUUGUUCGUCGUGAAGUUAAACCAUGGGAUAAAGAUCGUAUAAUGAAUACUGAUAUAAAUGCUGUUACAGAUUUAUUACAACAACAAAAAAUAUGGCGUAUUGUAAAACCUUAUAUUGAUGAAUAUAAUGAUCAGAAAAAUUUUGCUGUACGUCCACCAUCACCAACGGCAACUAUUCUUGGUAAAGCAUCAAGUUUAGAAAAACAAUUACAUUUUGAUCAAAUGGAAAAAAUGAAAAAACAAGGCCCCUAGAAUGAA